GUCUCCACUCCCUGAAGAUGUCUUCCUAUAGACAGAUGAUCAGCUCCCGUUGCCUUGCACCCUGUGAAGUGACCUGCCCACAGCCAAUUGCAAAUGCCUGGAGCCAGCCCUGUGUCACCUCCUGUGGUGAUUCGAGAGCUGUGAUCUACCCACCCCCUGUGGUCAUGACGUUCCCAGGACCCAUUCUUAGCUCCUGCCCUCAGGAGAGCAUAGUGGGCAGCUCAGCACCAUCUAGCACUGGGAGCUUCUUUGGAUCCAUAAGCUCUCUGGGUCACAGCGGCUCCUAUGGCUCUAGGAGCUUGUACAAUUAUGGGAGGUCAUAUUCUUCCUAUGGAUCCAGUGGUUACGGUUUUGGAAGCUGCAGACCAUGUUAAAUGUGUAAUGAAGAAGGAGCAAUCACUCAACACAGUGGAAGAUACGCCUCCACAACUUCUAUUAGGGGGAUUGCUUUCCUGGGGCAUGAACUGUGCAUCCCUAAAAAUCACUCUUACAUGUUAUUCUCAAGCUUAUGAUUUAAUUUCAUUUUCUGACUAUUCUUUCCAGUGGCUCCUGAUAAUAAGGGCCUCAAAUUAGUUAUAUCAAUGAUCUUUGGCUGGUUGAAAGUGGGAUGAGAUUGUGUAAGUCUUUCUAUGCUAUGAAAAAGAAAGAGUAAUGUGUGUGGAAUGCAUAGCCCUGGAGCAAUUCUCUACUUGCAGCCUUUAAUGAGAC